AUGCCAGAGAUGCUUGAGCCCGCAGUAUACCAUCCUGCGAGCCUUGGCACAAUGGCCAACUCUCAUCAUGGCUUGUCUCCGCUGGACCAGAGACAGUCACUUAAUGCCCCCGAAGACGAGUCCACAAUAUCCUCCUACUACUUCGAGCCAAGAUAUUCGACCUCUUCGACAUACCUGCCCAGUGCUGUAUCGCCUUCUAGUAUUGACGACUUCCCUACACCCAAGGCACGCUUAUUCGAUAUGACCCCGCAGCCAUCGCCACGCUUUCCUGUUCACUCGGCUACAUAUCCCCCAGUAAAUCGGGCGAGUCGUGCUGACAGCGACUUCGACUCCCUCUACGACAUUACCGAUGACGAGGCUGAGGUACCUCUUCAUGCAUCCGCGUCGGUCAAGAAGCUCGCGACCCAGCCAAGGCAGAGACGCUACCCAUCGAUCGUUAUCCCUUCGCCAUCCGCAUGGCCGACCAUUGAGAAGUUGAAGAGUGCAAACUCGGCGAUGCCCGUUACUCCAUCGCUGGUUCUGACCCCCUCUCGUCGCUUCCUUGACAUGAUCGACUCGCACAAUCUUCAUGUUCCUGCGCACUCAGCUGCCCCCUCUUUGGAUGGUAGCCUCACAUCAGAAGAGAUGGAUAAACUCAGCUGCCCUGCCACUCCAAUCUCGCAACGCAGACGUGGAUCCAUCUCCAGUACCGACUCAUGGGGCCCUGUGCAACUUGACUUGCAGGCCAUGGAGACCCUUCAGCACCUAGGCAAUUCACCAUCGACAGAGCAAUACCAGGAACCUGAGCAACAACAGCCUCAUCCGGUUGAGUCCAGAGGCGAGAUGCAAGAAGUACCCCGACCAAGUCUUGGCUUGAGCAUUCCGUCAACAAUAUUCGGAAAUGGAUCCUCUGGUAGCACACCAAUUUCCGCUCUCUCAGUCCCUUCUCCCGGUGGUUUCUUCUCGUCGCUUCAAUCAACCGCUCGUCACACCUGGAGUAUUCCCAAGCGACAAGAGUCAAUCCCGAACACCUCUACUGCCGAGAGGUUUUACAACCUUCCAUGGGAGAAGGAGAGCCGAAGGAACACUUCUCCGCACCCUGUGCCAGCUGUACCAGCUCUUCCGCCGCGAAACUCGACCCUUGCCGGAUCCACUCUUGACGGUUUCGAUGAGCCCUUGUCGACAUCACGCCCAGUACUUCUCAGUAGCCCGACAGAUGAGAACGUUGAGAUCAAAGAGAUCAACCCCAGCAAGACGAUUUUUCAAUACGAUGAGAACUAUAAUGCCGGAGGUACUGCUAACCUUGAGAUGACUGGCCGGUGGUUAGAGGAACAAGACGAGUUGCAGGCUGCUCUUAGAGACAUGAAUGACAUGAGCUCUCCUAGUCUCUCAAGUGGCGCGCACAGCCGCGGCAACUCAGUUGAGAAAGCCGUGGUCAAGAAGUCGGUCAAGUUUGCGGAUGAGCCUGCUAAGUCUCCGGUGAAGGAGUCAACUGAUGAGCCUAUCGUCACUUACGUCCAAGGCCUUGAGUAUCUUCGUUCCCGGUGCCAAAAGAAGGAUACUUUUAUCCACCGCCAGACUCGUGCUGAGGCCAUGCACGUACAACGCCGUUGCAGUCCUUUGGCGCAUCGCGAUCAGCUCCUGGGCAAGUUUGAGCUUUGUCAGCCAGAUCGCCCAGCGCCUCCGCGUCCUGUUUCUGAGUUCUUCGUCAACGAUCCGACUGUUUUAAAGGAGAGGAUUGCACGUGCACAGAUGGAGCGUCAAGCGCUCGACCAGAUGCUGCCUAUUCAUUGGGUUUUACAAGCCCAGAAGCAACUCAACGGUGGCAAACUCCUCAGCAAGCCUGCAGUUCGAUGCAUCACUCGCGCUAGCGCUCCGCGCGUCCUCGAUGUUGGUGGUAUUGCUACCAAUGAUUGGGCAUGGGAUGUUGCAUACGAUUACCCCUACGCCAAGGUGAUUACCGUCUACACCGCUGGCAACAACAAGUCUUCCAACGUCAAGGGUCCAGACAACCACAAGCACCUCACUGUUCCUAACCUGUGGACUCUCCCCUUCCCUUCUGGUCACUUCGAUGUCGUCUCGGCGCGUACACUAUACGAGCUUCUCAAGACAAGCAAACCCGUCGGCAAGUCAUCAGACGAAUACGACCUGUGCUUGAAGGAGUGCUACCGCUGUCUCAAGCCUGGUGGCAUCCUUGACUUCAGCCUCAUGGAUGCCGAUGUUGUCCAUGCCGGCCGCAAUGCUCAAGCCAUGAGUGUCGAGUUCGGCUUCAACCUCAAGACACGCGGCUACGAUGCGCAGCCCACCAAGACGUUCCUCCCGCGCAUCUCAAAAGCGGGCUUCAGGGACGUACAAAGAGCGUGGGUGCUUCUUCCCAUGGGCAAGACGGCAGCAAACUGGCGCGACACACUUGCUGUUGGCGCCGAGCCAAAGCAUCAAGAGCGUCGCAUCACAGAAGACGGCGAAAUUGAGCUCGAGGAUGCACCAGUGUUUGGUACUACGAUGGAUGCGGCAAUGUUGACGGGUGUAGUAGGAAGCUGGGCAUGGGAAAGGUGGUUGCUUAGGUUGCAAAUGGAGAUGGGCAAGGAUGAGGAGAAGCUACUGGAAGGUGUUGUCAACGUGCUGGAAGAGGGCGCACAAGGCCAUACUGGAUGGCGAACAUUGAACGGCUGGGCGAGGAAGUGA